AUGACUUCUAUAUCGUUUCAUUCGAGACAACCAUCGUUGGCAUCCUCAUUUGCACCUGCCAAUGGAUUAGGUAUCCACAAUGGAACUCCACCUAUCAAGUCUCACCCUCAAUACAUCGGGCCUUGGAGACUGGGAAAGACUCUAGGUAGAGGUUCGACUGGAAGAGUUUUGCUUGCAACACAUACAUCCACCGGUCAGAAGGCUGCUGUCAAAGUGGUCAAUAAAUCAAAUCUAAAUGAAGAAUCUCGUGAGCUCAAUGAGAAAGGCUGUGACUCUGUUGGAUUACCAUAUGGGAUCGAAAGGGAGAUUAUCAUCAUGAAAUUGCUAAACCACCAAAAUGUGUUGAGACUAUACGAUGUAUGGGAGACUUCAAAGGCUUUGUAUUUGGUUUUGGAGUUUGUAGAAGGUGGAGAAUUGUUUGAUUUACUGGUCGAAAGUGGGCCAUUGUUAGAGAAAGACGCUGUUAAGUUCUUCAGACAGAUAAUUGCAGGAGCUUCGUACUGUCACGCCCUAGGAAUAUGCCAUAGAGACUUGAAACCUGAAAACUUACUACUUAAUAAAGAUCUGAGCAUUAAGAUUGCCGAUUUUGGAAUGGCCGCACUAGAAGCGAAUGGCAGGCUGUUGGAAACUUCAUGUGGUUCUCCCCAUUAUGCUUCCCCUGAAAUCGUUAGUGGUUUGAAAUACCAAGGUUCUGCCUCUGAUGUUUGGUCAUGUGGUGUCAUUCUGUUCGCACUAUUAACUGGAAGAUUACCAUUUGAUGAUGAAAAUAUUAGAAAUCUAUUACUUAAAGUUCAAAAAGGUGCUUUUGAAAUGCCUUCAAGCUUGUCUCCAGAAGCCCAAAAUCUUAUUGCUCAGAUGCUCAAAUUAGCUCCUGAGGAAAGAAUAAAGACUCAGGAUAUUCUCAAACAUCCUUUAUUAUUGAAGUAUCCGUGCACAGAGAUGGAACAACAUGCAAUGGAAAGGUUGCCCUCUCCCGAUUUGUCCAUCAAACCUGUCAGCUGCAGAGAAGAUAUUGACGACAAGAUCCUUCAGAAUCUCACGAUUCUGUGGCACGGUAGGCCAGCUGAACAAAUCAUUCAAUCUUUACUAGUUGAAAAUGAACAGAACCCAGAGAAAACUUUCUACUCUCUAUUACUACACUACAGGCAUGAUCACCAGGAUAAAGAUCUUUCACAAUCACUAUCAAUGGCCAACUCUAUCAAUAAAGUUAUUCCAUCUCCAAACAGCCAGCCAAGUUCAGCUUCUUUAAGCCGACUUAGUUCUUUGACUCCUAUGAGGAAAGCUCCCUCCAAGCCUAAUCAAUUACCACCCCUUCCUGCUCUUCCAAAGCAUGUUGCAGAGAAGAAGUCCUCUCAUUCACCCAAGGCAAACAAGCGUUCGUCUAUGAUUUCGGUUACUUCAAAGAGAUUAUCAAUGCUGUCACUCAACUCGAAAAGAUCAUCUCUUUUUUUCUCCAACACCUCAUCCACAGGCAGUAGUUCUCCUAUAAAGGGUAAGAAGGCUUCGAACUCUCCCAAUAAAAGAAAGAGUGCUAUGAAGAGAAACUCCAUCACAUCUCGCAUCAUAUCAACAUAUGCUAAGCUAGCCUCAGAACCUCAAUAUGAUUAUAUGGAAAGAUCCACAAGACGGACCUCUUCCAAUUUCGCAACUCUUUGUGAAAGAAUUUUCAGUGGAGAAGAUGUAGAUUUCAACGAGUUUUUGCAGGAAGAAGAACUAGAGCUAAAGAGCCAAAAGAAAUCCAGAAAGCGUCAAUCUCUAUUAAGUGCAAAACGACAAUCAGUAUUGGUGACCAAAGUUGAGAAUGAAAAUGGAGAGGUCUUAUCCACUGAUAUCCAAUAUCAACCAGUGAGAGCAGUAUCGAGUCCUCAAAAGAAGAGGGAUUCCUACUUGUUAAAUAAGGACGAUAUUGAGGACAUCAAGCGACGUUCAAUGUCAUUGCAAGUCAAUUCUAAGAGAUCUAAAGACAAGCAGAUCCCACCAAGACCCGUGUCGAGGCUUGAUCCUAGAUAUCAAGUAUAUGAAAACUACAAACGUACCUCUCAGGAUGCAGCUAAAGAAUUAGAAGUGCCUGAUAGUCAAGGGAAAAAAAAGGAAGAGACUGAGCCACAACAGGAUCUCAAGAAAUCCCUUCCUUCCAUUCCACAGGUUUCCCAAUCUCAGACUGCUCCAGAGUCGGAUGAUUAUCUAAAGUCUUCUGACGCUUCUUUACAUGUGGCAAACGAAUUCUUGGAUGAGAUGAGGCAGUCAAGAUUAUUGACGAGCAAAUUUGAUUUAAACUCUAUCAUAAGCAAACAGGCUACCGAGAAAAAUAAGAAUUAUAGAGAGUCUGCUGUGAUAGAUGGUGCUCAGACUAGGUUAUCUGAUAUUAAGAUCCCUCAGGUGACCAGAAAAUCAAGACACUUCUCCAAUUCGAACAAAAGAUUAAGCGUGCUUUCCGUCUAUUCUACGAAGUCCUCAUACCGUGACUUAAACGCAAAGCUACAAGAUAGACAGAACGUCACUUCAUCCACAUCUGCCUUCACCAAUAAAAGAUCUACUAGAAAUAGUUUGAUAUUCAAGGAGGAUGAUGAAAUCGACAUGAGCAUUGAUAUUUCCGCACAGAAAGCAAACAAUGACUUUGAUCAAACUUAUGGGCAAGUUGUUGAUAAAAACUUGGCAAGCACCGACAUUAACGACCGUAGAGUUGAAGAACUAGAGAAAGAGGAAGAAAGAGAUCAGAUUGGAGAAAUCAUGGACAACAAACCCAACUUACAUUAUAAGCCUAGCAAAGAUACUUUGAUUUCACAGGACUCUAAUAAAGAUUACUAUAAGAAACUAUCAUUACCAGAUAUCCCAUCGUCUCCAGUCAAGAAGGAACUAUCUUUUGAGAUCCAUGACGAUACUCAGAAAGAUAAAUCAGGUGAACAGAAGCAACGAGCAACCAGCGAGAAAGUACAACCAAUAAAGCAACACAAGGCCAAUGAUGGAUCUAUUACGAGGAAUAAGUCGGAACCCACAAGGAGAGUUUUGAAUGAUGUCUCAAAUGAUGAAACCCUAGACAUCCCUAAGCAGCGAAAGAAAUCAUCCUUCUUGAGGAAAAUUUCCUUCGGUAGCAAGCAGGUUGAAGAAUCGGGAGAGUCUCAAUCUCAACAACGAAGGAGGUUCUCUGACUGGUUCAGAUCUACAUCCAAUGGUGACACUCAGGAACUCAGCUUUAUUAAAAGUAAAUUGAAAAGGCCAGAUAUGUUCGAAGCACUGAAUUCUUUAUUAAUCGGCUGGAAACAGUAUGGAGUUAAAGACAUCACAUUGUCAAGAUAUGAUUCAAAGAUUAUAGCUGCAGUAUCCAAGCACAACUCUACGGGACUGAAGGCAUGCAGGUUCCAGAUUGUUAUAAAGGAACUCAUUGACAGAAGCAAGGGGGUGAGGUCCGAGUUGGUGAUCAAGAAAGUGAAGGGUUCUUCCAAGACUCUAAAGCAAAUCGUCUCUCAAAUUGAAAAGGUUUUGGAACAGGAAAGUGUACUAGUAAAAUAG